AUGGCUGUGCGCGGCGCCAACACCUUGACGCCCUUCUCCAUCCAGGCGAUCCUCAACAAGAAAGAGGAGCGCGGCGGGCUGCCCGCGACGGAGGGGCGCCCCGUACCCGGCGGUACAGCGGUGGCAGCGGCGCCCGCUGUCUGUUGCUGGCGGCUCUUUGGGGAGACAGACGCGGGCGCGCUGGGGGGCGCCGAGGACUCUCUGCUGGCGUCGCCUCCUGGGACCAGAACGGCUGCGGGGCGGACCACGGAGAGCCCGGGCGGCUGGGAUUCGGACUCGGCGCUGAGCGAGGAGAACGAGGGCGGGCGGCGCUGCGCGGACCCGCCGGGGGCCAGCGGGGCCUGCCGUGCAGGGGCGACCCUGGGCCUCGGCCAGCCGGUCUGUGAGCUGCCUGCAGCCAAGGACCUGGAGGAGGAAGCCGCGGGCCGGAGCGACAGUGAGAUGUCGGCCAGCGUCUCAGGCGACCGCAGCCCGAGGGUCGAGGAAGACGGCGUUGGCACAGGAGGCGCACGCGUGCCCACGUUGUGCAGCGGCAGCGGCGGCGGGCCCGCGGGCGGCGCAGAGGAGGAGGAGGAGCCCGUGGCGCCCAAGCCGCGCAAGAAGCGCUCGCGCGCCGCCUUCUCCCACGCACAGGUCUUUGAGCUGGAGCGCCGCUUCAACCACCAGCGCUACCUGUCCGGGCCCGAGCGCGCAGACCUGGCCGCGUCGCUGAAGCUCACCGAGACGCAGGUGAAGAUCUGGUUCCAGAACCGUCGCUACAAGACCAAGCGCCGACAGAUGGCCGCCGACCUACUGGCCUCGGCGCCCGCCGCCAAGAAGGUGGCAGUGAAGGUGCUGGUGCGCGACGACCAGAGACAGUACCUGCCCGGAGAGGUGCUGCGGCCUCCUUCGCUGCUGCCACUGCAGCCCUCCUACUAUUACCCUUAUUACUGCCUCCCCGGCUGGGCACUCUCCACGUGUGCGGCCGCCGCGGGCACCCAGUGA